AUGGCCGCUUUCUCGGCCAGCGUCUUGGCGACAAAGUAUGGGCCCCCGAAAGGUCUCUGCCUCCUUACGAACUCCACAUCAGUCCACGAACUUUCGUCGAUCAGGCCCGAUGGGCCUGUCUUAGCUCCCAAAUAUGCGGCCGCGAUGCUCGAGGUGUACACCACGCGCCUAAUGGUUUUGGCAUCUGCGCAAGCCUGCAGGAUGCCCUGCAGGCCCGUCGUGACCCGUUUGACCUUCACAUCCUCGGGCUCUGUCUCCUCGAAAUCCAGAGGAUGGGCCACGUGGAAAAGCCCAAUGCACCCCUCAAUGGCAGGCCUGAAUGUCUCAGGCCUGUCGAGGUCCGCAUUGAAGAUCUGUAGCCUCUCAGAUGCGCCCGGGAGGCUCGUUAGGAAGCUGAUAGUGUGA